GCGUGAGCGGGGUCGGGGGCGCGGGCGCGCAGGCCCAAACCAACUGGGGACGCGGAGGCAGUUGGCGGUGGCUGACGGAAAGUCCUGGCAGGACGGGGUGGGACUGCGGCGGAGAUACCCUUCCCAUAGGCAUAAGCGGAGAACGCGGUUGAGGCGGCCGUCCCAACGCGUGCUUUCCUAGGCGGGGUGCGGCGGGGGAUGUGCCUGCCCAGCCCGGGCGGAGUCUCUGUGACAGGGCGGGGGAUGCGCGGACGCCGCUCACUCGGACCCUGAGGCGGCUGGGCCCACCCUCGUGGAACCGUCCGACCCCCGGCGACCUCGGCCUCUGCUGUUUUUCUCCUUCCUGACCCUGGAAACCGAGGGUGGGAAGCGGCUACCACAGAAGAGGAAGGGGCUGUGGUGGCCACCGCGGCACAGCCCGAGUUCUUUUUCCAAGAAGAUGGUUUGCCCAGUCCUGAACACAUACUGUCCGUUCUGAUGGGACAAAGUCCAAUAUGAAUGUAAGUGAUGGAGGAAGACGACGCUUUGAGGAUAAUGAACACACAUUACGAAUAUAUCCUGGGACAAUUUCAGAAGGAACAAUUUAUUGUCCAAUUCCUGCCAGAAAAAACUCCACAGCUGCUGAGGUGAUUGACUCUCUUAUAAAUAGACUUCACCUAGACAAAACAAAAUGUUACGUUUUAGCAGAGGUAAAGGAAUUUGGUGGAGAAGAAUGGAUACUCAAUCCUACCGACUGUCCAGUUCAACGAAUGAUGUUGUGGCCCCGGAUGGCUUUGGAAAAUCGCUUGAGUGGAGAGGACUACCGCUUUCUUCUGAGAGAAAAAAACCUUGAUGGAUCAAUUCAUUAUGGUAGCCUCCAAUCAUGGCUACGGAUAACCGAAGAACGCCGAAGGAUGAUGGAACGGGGUUUCCUUCCACAGCCUCAACAGAAAGACUUUGAUGAUUUAUGUAGCUUACCUGAUUUGAAUGAGAAAACUCUCUUAGAAAACCUACGGAACCGCUUUAAACAUGAAAAAAUUUAUACUUAUGUUGGCAGUAUUCUAAUAGCUAUUAACCCAUUCAAAUUUCUUCCUAUUUAUAAUCCCAAAUAUGUCAAAAUGUAUGAUAACCACCAGUUGGGAAAACUUGAACCCCACAUAUAUGCGGUGGCAGAUGUAGCUUAUCAUGCUAUGCUUCAGCGCAAAAAGAAUCAGUGUAUUGUGAUUUCAGGAGAGAGUGGUUCUGGGAAGACGCAAAGCACAAACUUUCUUAUUCAUCACCUUACUGCCCUCAGUCAGAAAGGAUUUGCUAGUGGAGUAGAACAGAUUAUUCUUGGAGCUGGACCAGUACUUGAGGCCUUUGGAAAUGCAAAGACAGCUCAUAAUAACAAUUCAAGUCGUUUUGGCAAGUUUAUUCAAGUAAAUUACCAAGAAACAGGCACUGUACUUGGGGCUUAUGUUGAAAAAUACCUACUGGAGAAAUCUAGACUUGUUUACCAAGAGCAUAAUGAACGGAACUAUCAUGUAUUCUAUUACCUCCUGGCAGGAGCAAGUGAAGAAGAGAGGUUAGCAUUCCACCUUAAAGAGCCUGAGGAGUAUCAUUAUCUCAAUCAGAUAACAAAGAAACCCCUCAGACAGAGCUGGGAUGAUUAUUGCUAUGAUUCCGAGCCAGAUUGCUUCACAGUUGAGGGAGAAGAUUUGAGGCAUGAUUUUGAACGCUUACAACUGGCCAUGGAAAUGGUAGGAUUUCUUCCCAAGACACGAAGACAGAUUUUCUCUCUGCUCUUAGCAAUACUCCAUUUGGGCAAUAUUUCCUAUAAAAAGAAGACCUAUCGGGAUGACUCUAUUGAUAUCUGUAAUCCUGAAGUACUACCUAUUGUCUCAGAAUUAUUAGAAGUGACUCAUUAAUUCUCAG